AUGAAACGAAUCUUGAAAUGUUGCAGUCAAAAACAUAAUAACAUUCAUGUUCGAAGUAAUGAAAAACACGUGGUGGAUGUGGUCGUUGGUGGCGGUGGAAUUGCUGGUACUUCGAUUGCAUAUCAUUUGGCGAAACGUGGCAAGAUGGUUGCCUUGCUUGAGCGAAAUCGUGUUGGCCAGUAUGGUGCAACGAGUGUAAGUGCUGGCCUGGUAACAGCUCCAUUGCACUGGCAAGAUCCGGCUAAACAAUAUAUGGCCAAACAUUCAUUGGAUUUAUAUGCCAAUUUACGUCAAACUUCCAAUUUCAGAUACAGCCGCUGUGGUCGACUAUAUUUAACGAAUACGCCAGAAGGUGAAAUAAGCUUGCGACGAAUGUUUUCACGUUCAACCAUUUACGGCGAAGAAGCACAACUGUAUAACAGUGAGGGAGAGAUGCGGCGAUGGUUUCCAAAAUCAGUUAGCACAAAUGGCAUCUGGUUAGCGUUGUUCUCGCCAAAUGAUGUUGCUUUAGAUCCUAUUGGUCUCUGUCAAGCAUUAGGAAGGCGUGGUAGAGAUCAUGGAGUACAAAUAUUCGAACAGUGUUUUGUUGAAGAAGUACUUGUUGAUAAAGAACAAAAAGUAGUAGGAGUACUUACCAAUCAAGGACAAUUUGAAACUGGAUGCUAUGUUGAUGCUACUGGAAUUUGGUGUGGUACUUCCCGAGUUAGUAAACUGCCAGCCGGCCAUGUGAUUAUCGCUGCUCAUCCUGCGACAUAUACAUACCUGUCAACGAAGCGAUUGCCCGAUAAAGAUAUUAAGAGCAGUACGCCAAUUUUUACUCACGUGGAUGAGAAAAAUUAUUUGUUUAUGGAUGAAUCGCGGACGCUGUGUGCAGGUUUUACUCAAGAUGAUUUCCGUUCAUUGAGUCGUCAGAGAAUACUAGGGAAGUGGACAGUGCCAUCACCAGACUGGGAUAAAUUUUAUCCAACGCUGAAUAAUUUAUUGAAUCGUUGCAACAUUCUUGGUGAGACAGAAUGUGGUGAACUGGUUUGUAACGCUGAAUCAUAUACUGUCGAUAAAAAUCCCGUAAUUGGUGAAAUAGCUCAGAUUCAAGGAUACUAUGUUGCAACAGGUUUCAAUGGACAAGGAUUGGCACUUGCUGGUGGCGCUGGAAAUCUGGUUGCUGGAUUAGUCUGUGGUGAGACAUUGCCGGUUGACAUUACACGUCUAGAAGUAACGCGAUUUAUUGAUUUGCACGCGAGUCCGCAAUAUCUAAUUGAGCGAGUUCCUGAAGUAGCAGCCAAAUUGUUUACAAAUUCGUACGAAUAUCAUCAAUAUCAAACUGCUCGGAAUUUGCGUACAUCCCCUAUCUAUCAUCAACUUAAAAAAGCUGGAGCUGUAUUUGGUGAAGUAAUGGGAUAUGAGAGGCCAUUGUGGUAUACAGAAGAAGAUGCAGAAGAUACAUCAUUAAGUUUCUACAGUGGACAGUUCUCGCUGAUUGGUAGACCAGAAUGGUUUGAACUUGUAGCUCGUGAAUAUGAUGCGUGUAGAGAACGUGUUGGAGUAAUUGACCUGUCCAGUUUUGCCAAAUUCAACAUUGAAGGUCCUAAUGUGGUGGAAUUUUUGCAAUACCUUUGUUCAGGAAAUGUUAAUGUUCCAGUAGGUUCUAUAGUUUACACUGGCAUGCAAAACGAACAGGGCGGUUUUGUCUCAGACUGUGCAAUAUGCAGAUUGGAAGAAGACCAAUUCUUUGCUAUUGUGCCUCCCGUACAGCAGCUACGAUUCUGUUUAUGGUUAAAAAAGUGGGUGAAGAAAUUGGGAUAUAAAAUUUACGUUGGAGAUGUUACGGGGCAUUAUACUGUGUUAGAUGUCGUUGGACCAAGCUCACGAGCUUUAAUGGAAAAACUUACAGGAGAAUCGAUGUCCAGAUGUGAUUUCCCGUCUUUUUCUAUACGAGAAAUAGCUAUAGGAAUGGCUACUGGAAUCCGAGCAUUAAGUUUGACGCAUACCGGGGAACUUGAAUGGGAAAUGUAUAUCCCAAAUGAGGUAGUACAAAAUGUUUAUGAACGUUUGAUGGAACGUGGAAAAGAAUAUGGUGUUAUGCAUGCAGGGUAUUAUGCUUUGAGGCAGUUGCGUAUCGAAAAAUUCUUUGUUUGUUGGGGUCAAGAUAUUUCUACGGAUGUGACACCACUCGAGUGUGGACGUACAUAUCGUGUUGAUUUUCAUAAGAAUUUUAUUGGGAAAGACGCAUUGUUGGAGCAAAAAAGAAACGGCAUUCGGAAACGAUUUGUUCAGCUACUCGUGGGUAAUCAUGAUUUAGAUCAUGAUCCAUGGCCACAGGGUGGUGAAUUAAUUUACAGAUAUGGCGAGCCAGUUGGACGUACAACGUCAGCUGCUUAUGGCUAUACUCUUAAUUGUCAGGUAUGCAUUGGUUAUAUUGAAACUAAGGAGAAAAUGACGAUUGAAUACAUUAAAAAUGGGAGCUAUCAGUUGGAUAUAGCGGGAAAAUUUUUUCCUGUACAAGUAAAUUUAUUCACGCCAAGCUUACCUAUGAUUUCUUCCGAACAACCUGAUCAUUAUCGACCAACUCAAGAUGGUGGUUGUUCUUUGUGA